GUACUUUAAAUUUAAAUUAAUUUAGAAUAUCAUUUUAACUACUAUUGUCAAUGUACGAACGCCAUUAAAAACAUUCCCAUAGCUUUGAUUAUAAAUUAGUAUAAAAUAUAAACAUAUAGACCGCAAGCUUAAAUUAAUUCUCAGGUAAAUUGAGUACACAAAAUAGCUGUAUUCGAUACCACCCACCUGCGCAUUUCAAGUUACUUGGAAAUUCCGAUUAUUACUAAAACAUAAAACAAUGUUAUUAUUAAGAAACAUUGUCUACGCACUAUUUUAAAAUGACUAAGCAAAACUAACCAGCUUUCGGUAUGUAAAAAAGUUGACGUGUUUCAAUUUAUAACUAUCUAAACCGUGAAAACUAUCAGCGCUAAAAAUAGAUUGUUCGGUUAUUUCCCUUGAUUACAUACCGAGAGCGACACGUAACGAGAGGGGAUAAAACCAUCCGGCUUCAACGAGAGCUGAUCAGACUAUCUCAGUCUAACACAACAGAUUUUCAUUGAGUAAAGCACUUUGUGAUUUUCUGUCAUUUUAACAAGUUUCUAUUUUAUAAGGUUUCCUUCAACUACAAACAAUGGCGGUUGAUCUAUUAAACGUUUGCAAACAAUAUGCUAUUGAUGUUCUCAAGGAUCCACAAGUUGUACCCAAUCUGGCCAACGUCAAACUGCAGGCUACGUCAGUCUCCUGGACACAACUUCUUGUAGAUAACACAAGGAAUGAAAUUAGAAAGGUUGGUGUCGCUUACAAAUCCCACCAGCGUGAGCUGUUUAGUGAGGUCCAGGCCCACAAACAGUCUGAGAUCAUUACACAGGUGGUAAUCAAUACAGGUCUUGUCACAGGAAUCAACAAGAAAUUAAAGGUUUCACUAGAGAACGCCCCGCCAAUCUUUAAACAGACUCUCGGGGACAACAUCUUUAUCGACCCUGGAAGGCAGACUUCAGAGAGAAGGGACACGAUGGCCCUGUCCUUGGGCAGCUCCCACGUGCUUGAAGUCUCUCAGAGGAGCGGUGCCGACUCAAUGGCUACAGUGGCGGUUAAAGACGAGCGGUACUCGAGUGAUUUUACCUGCCAAGUGAGCUGUAGUGGUGAUGUUCUCUUUCCUGGACAAGUUUAUGUAGAGCAAAUAAACAUUGCUCAACUUAUUGCUGAUUAUAAUGUACCCAACGUUCAAGUCGUAAGCUCAGGGCGUCUACCAUCUUGCUCAUUCACAAUGAAAGGAAGAUGUACAUUUAGUGGAAAUUUUGAACAAAAUAUUCACUGGCAAUAGACUUUUAUCAAGUUAUUGGAUCACUUAUAAGUUUUGUUUGUUACAUUUUAAUACUGUGUUGGGAGUAUGUCAAAUACCAUUUUAGUUUUAAAAAAUUGAAAUUUUAUAUAUAUUAAUACUUGGCUCAAAAGUACUGUGUAAUUUUGUAGACUUUUGUAGACUUAUGUUUUAAAUUGUGUUUAAAAAUAGCUUUCAAGCAUCGUUACAAAAGCUAAAAUUUAAAAAUAAAAAUACUUACCUGUGGAAAUUAGAUUUUUUUUUAUUUUUAAUGUUGUUGUGUAUAUGGCGGUAAUAGAUUUAAAGAGGAUGGAAGGGAUUAGACAGUUGGGAGAAAGGUAAAUGCGAUUUGGAAGGAAGGAUAAUGUGACAGCUUUUAUUUUUUUUUAAAAAGUCGACUUGUCAUUUUACUCAUUUUUUGUAAAUAUAUGAUUGUUAUAUUGACUCAUUUAAUAAAAAAUGAAAUUCCU